AUCAGUUGGGUCAGUUCCGCUAAGCCACCGUGUCUUUUCCUUAGCCGCUCGGUCCCGCCCUCCAACCUUUGUCGCUCACUUCACAUUUUAUCCGUCACUUAUUCGAACAAAUUUCUCUCUCAGAAGUAUUAGCUGCGACCGCAGCAAUGACCAGCGUUGCGAUGAGCUCCACAGCUCGAAUGUUUACCAGCUUCAACCACUUCCCAAUGAGACACCGUCUUGCUCCUCAGUCGAGAGGUUUGGUGGUGGCCAGACCUUGGCUUACAUUUAGAGCUCCGAGAAUUGUUUGCAUGGCGGAGCCAUAUUUGAUAACCAAACUGGAAUCUGCAGAGAAGACGUGGAAGGAAUUAUCGGUUAGGCUUGCUGAUCCAGAUGUUGUCUCAAAUCACACCGAAUACCAGAAACUGGCACAAUCUAUGGCAGAACUUGAUGAGGUUGUGUCAACAUUUAGGAGAUUUAAGGAUUGUGAGAAGCAGUUAGAAGAGACCAAAGCUUUAUCAGAAGAGGAGGGCACUGAUGAAGAUAUGGCUGAGAUGAUAGCAUCUGAAAUCAACUCUUUAUCCGGUCAACUGAAAGAACUUGAGGAGAAGCUUAAGGUGCUGCUGCUUCCAAGUAAUCCUCUUGAUGCAAGGAAUAUAAUGCUUGAAGUGAGGGCAGGUACUGGUGGUGAUGAGGCUGGACUAUGGGCCGGUGAUCUUGUCAGGAUGUACCAAAAGUACAGUGAGUGGAACUCUUGGAAAUCCACCCUAGUUUCAUUCUCUGAGGCUGAAAAGGGAGGAUUCAAAACCUGUGUGAUAGAGGUCAAAGGGAAUCGGGUCUACAGCAAAUUGAAAUAUGAAUCAGGUGUUCACCGGGUUCAACGUGUUCCUCAGACAGAAGCACAGGGCCGUGUACACACUUCUACUGCAACUGUAGCCAUCAUGCCUGAGGCCGACGAAGUUGAGGUGGAAAUUGAUCCAAAAGACAUUGAACUUACAACUGCAAGAUCUGGUGGUGCUGGAGGCCAGAAUGUCAACAAGGUCGAGACAGCAGUCGAUCUCUUCCACAAACCAACAGGGAUCCGCAUCUUUUGUACUGAAGAAAGGACCCAACUUCAGAACAAGAAUCGUGCUCUUCAGCUACUACGAGCAAAAUUGUAUGAAAUAAAAGUAAGGGAGCAGCAAGAGCAGAUAAGGAAUCAACGAAAAUCACAGGUUGGUACUGGUGCUCGUGCUGAAAAGAUUCGAACCUACAAUUAUAAGGACAACAGGGUUACUGACCAUCGGUUAAAGAUGAACUUUGAGCUUAUGUCUUUUCUUGAAGGUGACAUCGAGAAUGCAGUUCAGUUCUUGCCUUUUGUUGCAGGCUUGUACUGCGAUGGAACAGAAGGAACUCUUGGAAGAGCUUGCCGAGUCUGUCACUGCAACAGCCAGCUGAACUGCAGCAUUCCGUGAUUCGUGCAUUUGGAGUGUUUGGGUGUCAGGCAAGAUAUGGCGUAAACUUUGAAGAAGUCAAGAAAUUACCCAUCAACAAAGAGUCAGCUGGUGAAAGUACAUGGAGGUCACUUGCACUACAUAGCAAUGCUUGCACUUGGGUGGCUGAAAAUCGUCCAAAUAUAAGGGCAACUUCACAUAUGAAAAUGCAAUGACCGGGUUUACCAAUAGUUUAAUCUUGAUAGAUUGAAAGACAAAACCAUUUUCAUUUGUAAAAUUUAGACGCUGGAAUGAAUAUUAUUGUGAUUAUUAUCCUAUACAUUCAAUGCCCGUAGAUCCAAAAGUUCGAGGAGUACCCAUUUCACA